AAAGAUAAACGAGGAUAAUGUAGCUUGGACAAUGUCUUAUAAGUAUUUUAGAAAAGCAAAAUUUCGGGCUUAUUCAUCUAAGCCGAAACAAAGUUUUCACAAAUUAUAUUUUUACGCUGUUGUUUUUGUAAUUUAAUUUUUCCACAGACGCCGUACCUAAACAGAACCAAAGUUGUUGGCGCUGUGAAUGACCAAAUCUUAGGCCGCUUGAAUUCCGGUAUGCAUCGACAACGACACGAUACCUUACUUUCCGCGUGCUCGGACAUGGACUGGCUGGAAUAUAGAGGGAACAGUUCGGAAAUGUCUGUGAGAAAUCAUCUCGUUGUCGACAGAAGAAGUAAACUCAUAUUUUGUACGAUAGAGAAAAUCGGAUCUACAUUUUGGAAACGCGUCCUUCAGAUUACAUCCGGGUUGCGACCACAGAGGAGCCCAUACGAUAUCCCAGCCGACGACGCCCACGGUAAUGCAUUAGAGACGUUUGCUGACUUGACAUUCUACGAGAUCAUGGAACUUGCCUCAUCCUACAAAAAGAUUUUGUUUGUCAGGAAUCCGUAUUACAGACUUUUUUCUUGCUACAUAGACAAAUUCUUUCUUCCUAAUACAGCGUAUUUUAAGCUUAGAGUGCACGUGGCAAAACUAUUUCCCACGAAAUACACAGAAGACGGGUGUGCACCGUUUGUCACAUUUAACCAGUUCGUCAAAUUUGUCAUUCAUUCUGUGAAAACUCACAAGUUAAUAGAUGGUCAUUUUGCGCCCAUAUACGAUCAUUGUAAGCCGUGCCAACUGAAGUAUGACAUUAUUGGUAAGAUGGAGAGUUUCGCAGCUGAUGCCCAAUAUACCAUCAAUUCUCAGAAUUUAAGCCAUCUUCUGAACGUUAACCUUAUGGAUGAUUCAAAUGACAGCGACACCAUAAUUGACAAAACCAAGCACUUGUACCAACGAAGAAAUGAGAUAGAAAAAUGCAUGCCGUUUUCAAGAGCCAUGAAACUGUUCUGGCGAGCGUUGCAGAUAAGAGGUGUGAUAGCCAAAGAAUAUGAUUUACCUGCCAGAUUUCUCUCCAACGAAUCCCUGGGUUCUAAAGACAUGAUUGAAUCUCUUCUGCACUCAAACAGGAUGGCCGAGGCUGGGAAAAGACGAGCCAACCGGGACGAAGCUGUACUAGAAGCCUACAGAACUGUAUCCGCAGAGGAUCUUAGCGAGUUUAAAAGACUAUUCAGACCAGAUUUUGAAGUGUUUGGCUAUAGCAGAGAGCUAAAUAUCAUGCCGGCCAGGGGAGAAUCUAACAAAGGGUUUUCUUUUCUGAGGAUAGAAUAA